GGGGUUCACAUCAAAUAUUUGUUUUUCAUCAAAAUUCUGAUCCGUGAUUAGCCCAGAUUUCUUUAGAGCUAUGAAUUUCAGAAGCAUGGAAGAGUUCUGGCCGUUUUAUAUGAAUCAGCACUCAAAACCAGCCACAAGACGUUGGCAUUUUGUGGGCACUUUGUGUAGUAUCCUGUGCUUGGUAUACUCAGUGUUCUUCAAUUGGCGGUGCCUGAUUCUCGCGCCUUUAUUUGGUUACUCUUUGGCUUGGUAUAGCCAUUUCUUUGUUGAAAGGAAUGUUCCAGCAACUUUUGGGCACCCCUUUUGGUCUCUGCUAUGUGAUUGGAAGAUGUUUGGACUGAUGCUUACUGGCCAAAUGGAUAGAGAAAUCAAGAGGCUUGGUAAGAGGCCUAUAUUGCAAGCCUCCUGAUUUUAGUUUGUUUAAAAGAUAUAGUUUUAAUAACACGUGAAUCUUUCUAUAUUUUGUCCGAACUUUAUAUAUUUGCCUUUUCUGUUCUUUUUAAUGGACUCGUGAUCUUGUACAACUCUUAUCAUGAAGCUUGUACUUUCUUUAUGGUUCAAUGCAAAGCUGUCGAGGGAUUUCAAUGUUGGACACACAA